UUGUUGCUUGAAGUAAGAAGGAGAAGAUAUGGUCUUGGCAAUUUUAAUAACAAAAGAAGUUAUUGAAUAUUAAAAAAAGACUAAAAUAAUACAAAAAACGCGGCUUCGAGGUUUGUCCAUACUGAAUUUGGUAAAGAACAGUUAUAUUAUUGCUAGGAAACACGUUUUACACCAAGGAAAAAAUUCCGCAAUUUUUGUUAUCAGAAAGUGAAAAAUAAAGCAAAUGACAAAAUAGUAGCAGCGAGUAUUUUGUAGAAAGUUGUUCAAAGGAUGAGGCGGUAAUAGAAGAAACGAUAGAAACAAAAUACGGUGAAAGCAAAACAAACCCAAUAAAUGCAUUGUAAGCGGAAACUUUAAUGGGAAACAGUGCCAGUGCGUCCAGGAAUGAGCAGGCCACAACGUCGUCCAAGCAACGGAAGCAGCAGGAGAGCAACGCAAAACAACAGUUGAGUGAGCAGAUACGGGACAAAGACUUGAACGAGCAGAAGGCAUUUGAACUAGAACUACAAGAACAGAACGAUAGCCACACCAAAAGAAGCAACAUACACAGGACGCGCAGUAAAAGUGCUAGCACCAGCAAGAAAGCAGAACUGACUGAAACAGGACAUACCAGUGAGGAGCGAUCAGCUGCUAACGUUUACGGAAUACAUCGCACACGACAGAUUUCCGCUUGGAGUUUCGGCAGUUUAAGUGGCCGUCUGAAUUGGAGCUUUUCUGGUGGUGCUAAUAGAAAUUCAUUCCACAAUCGCAAUAAGUCAAUCAGGAAAAGUUUAACGUCAGCACAGCAGCGUCGCUCCAAGACUCAAUGGCAUAAGCCGCUUACCAAUGCAAUUUUCAGUUCGCAUUUCAAGGAGGCCAGUCGAAACGAACAAUUCCACAUUGCACAUCUGGUGGCCAAGGGCGCGUUCGGUGUUGUCUUUAAAGUAAUUAAUAAGCGCUACGCGCAAGAAUUGCAGCAGCAACAGUCAUCAGUGGCGGUGCAAAAGAAAGACGUUCGCACAUUAACGCUAUCACAUCCUGCGCCUAUUUACGCACUCAAAGUGUUGAAAAAGUCCAGAAUAAUUGAGGAGAACGGUGUGCAGCAAAUAAAAGACGAAGCGGAUAUUCAGAAGUUGUGUGGCCAUCACCCUUUUAUCGUGCAACAAGUGGAUUCGUGGCAGAAUCGCCGUAACUUACAUAUACUUUUAGAAUAUGUGCCGAAUGGUGAACUCUUCUCCAAACUGACUCACUUUUCCUUGGAUCUUAUACGGAUAUAUCUAGCGGAAAUCGCCCUGGCAAUUGACUUUUUGCACAAUGCUGGUGUAAUAUACCGUGACGUUAAACCUGAAAACAUUUUGCUGACCACCAAUUUUCACAUCAAAUUAACUGAUUUCGGACUCAGUAAGUGGCUGCGCUUGGGCGCAACUACGAGAACUAUGUGCGGCACUUUCCAAUAUAUGGCUCCCGAAGUAUUGCGUGGUGAGCCCUACGGUCAUGCUGUCGAUUGGUGGUCACUGGGAAUGCUUGCCUGCCAGAUGCUCAUUCAAACGAGUCCCGACAUCAGAGCAUUCCUGGACAUCGCUUUACCUGCAGCUUAUACGAAAAAGGAUAGUGUUGACCAUGCACCAGUACAUCCAACUACACUCUGUAAAGCAGAUAAUAUUGCUACACUUAAAAACUCAUUGAAUAAUGGUCAAGAGCAAAAGGCUAGCCUAUCGCAAGAUUUUUUACCGUCCGAAAUUGAAGAACUCCCACAUGAAGCUAAGGAUGUACUCAAGCGCUUGCUCGAAGUGGACCCAAAACAACGUUUACGCUCGGUCUUAUCACUACAAAAGAUCGCGCUAUACAAAAACUUCAAAAUUGAUUCAAAACAUUUGCUCAAUCUCCGCCCAAUUAAUAUGAUAAGUCCUGAUGAUAUUGAUGCCUUUACGCAGACUUCCGAAGAUAAAAGUGACUGGGCAGAAAAACAAUUUUACAAAUUUUAAAUCGAAUACUAAAAUAUUUUGCUAAUUAAGUUAUUAGUUUAAAUUUACAUUUAACACAAGAUGUAUUGAUUUCAAGAGCAACUUGAAAUAACAAAACUAAAAAACUUAGCAAGCUGAAUUAGGUUAUAAUUCCUGAAGAAUCACUGUGUCAUGUCUUACAAAUAAAACUUAACAUUCUAAAAAUGUAUCAUUACCUA